AUGUCCAUAAAAUCGCAAAAGUCCUUAAACGAAGAGUGUGCAGAUAUAUUUGAAAGGAGCUACUCAAUUAAAAGUGUGUCAGAAGAAAGUUUAUCGAGUGAUGAUGAUGACGAUUACGUGUCAACGGAGCUGAUGAAGAAAUUGACUCCAGCUGUUCUAGGCAAGCUGAGAAAAUGUUUUAAGAGAGCCAGAGAGAAGAAAGCGAAGGAUCUUGAUAAAAAGGUAGAAGAUGUGAUGCGAGCAGCAGCUGCAGAGGAAGGAAUAGAGUUUGCCGAAAGUGUUCCAAUUGAUACGGAGCAUCUUUACUUGAAUGAAACUGGUUUUGUCUCUGCGCUUAAUAAUAUAUUGGGUAAGCCAAAGUACCGACCUCAUACUGAGAGUCUAUACCGCGCCAUUGACCGCUUUCAUACAGGCCGUGUAUCGUGGUCUCAGUUGGUUACUCGGUUGGUAGCGAGCGGGGCUCGAGCCACUGCCUCAAGACUUGACACUUGGAAGCCUGUCAAAGAUGCAGGGGCGCUUAAAUUCGAGCAUUGUAAGAGAGAAACCAUAGUGCGUCUCGUGAGUGUGGAGACAGAGGAUUCGUUCUCCUAUGUGGUGGUGUCCCGUGGAGGCCGAGUGGGAAUAUAUUCUGGGGAUCUCACGUUACUCAAGUCAUAUGAGGUUUUCUACCACCGAAGGGGCGUUCGAAGUCGCGUGAAGAAUUGUUGGAUCACCGAUGCUGUCUUUAUGAGUGACGUAUGUUGUAUGGCAGUGUCGGCAUCAGAUCGUAGCUUAACAGUGUAUGACGUGUCUGGUCCAGCUCACGCUCCAUUGUACUGCGUCACUGGAAUGCCGAAUAUACCAACGUGCCUAGCAUACUGUCCAAUGGGUGAAGCUGAGAGUUCGGAGCUCUUAGUGGGAACGGAGCGUGGAGACCUUACAACCUUGAGAUUCUUGCAGCCUCGGGUCUCACUACUGCAUAUCAAACAUCCCGAUACGAUCAACUAUUACUUCUGGAUGGAGCUGACUUCCCCACCCCAUAGCACAUAUUGUUCUACCCGCACAAUUCGGGCGCACUGCCGGUCAGUUCGCGGAGUGACUUACGCGCGGCCGGACGUCGCAGUUUCAUGUUCACAUCAUGAAAUCGCGUUACGGCUGACUCAUCUUAAUGGAAAACUAGACGACUAUGAAAUUAGCGUACAUAGGGGUGUUUCAUGUUUCCACAACGUAUCAGCGUUACGUCUACUUGCGACGGGCAGUAAGGACGGCCUGGUCCGUCUCUGGACUUAUGGACAGCGUGUCCCAUUUGCAAAACUGACGCCGGGGGGAGCGCCUGUACCCGUUAUUGAUGUUAUGAUUGUUGAUUUCGAUAAAAUCGUCAUUGCAUAUUAUAAAAACUGUAUGGUUCACAUCUGGGAUUUGUACGAGGAGUGUUUACUCCAGUCGAUUAAAUUAAAAUUUCCCUUUCUGGGAGUACUUGGAAAGAAGGUGGAGUUUGGAACUUCUUGUAUUCACUUAGGACCUCCACGUAGAAAUAAUUCAAAGCAUAUCUCAGAAGGUAUUGAUAGAUCACGGCGCGGAUCCAGCGUGUACGAAGGUUCAACUGGAGGUCUCAUCUUGUUGGAACCUGAUAGUCACGAGGAAAUUGAUAAAAGUGCCGAGUCAGAACGUUGCGAGAUCCUUAUAACGUGUAACGACUAUGUAUAUACAUUACGAAUGCGUGACAGCGAUGCUUCACCAUUGCGUCCAGCUGCCGGAAUGGCCCAAGGACGACGACCAUCAGCCUGGGACCUUGACAUGGAUACUGGCAGCAAAACCCAGUCGAUUUCGUUGUCUCCCCGCUCGAGACACAGUCCAUCUGAAACGGACAUACAUCUGUUGCAGCCGCACUUACACACAACAUAUGAUUUAGACCAACUCAUCGCUAAUGCAGGCUUAGAAGACAUUUUGGAAAAGAAUUUUGUGCUAAUGCGAGGACUGAAACAUGACCUCAACAAGAAACUCUUUGAGAUGGAAUCGUCAGUUGACAAACGUAAGUCAGCGAUCAGUGUUUGUGCGCCGUACUUGUCACUCCCGAGGUACACUCUUGAAGCGUUACCAACAUUCAGUCACCUGACCCAGCGUUAUGACCAUGUCAAGCAAUACUUUCCGGGUCCCAGUGUCAACGUGACUCCUACGGCGAGUCAAUCGACUACACCACGGAAUAAAACUAUUAAUUUAUUUAAUACCUUCAAAUAA